UCUUGCCUUGUACGAAUUCCCUUCCACUCUCCCUUCCCACCGAGACUUGCAGGCUUCCUACUUCUUCAAACCCAACCACACUCUCUGCGCAACCCGCUUCACCGCACAACUUAACCCACGCCACCACACCACACACACCACCAUGGCUCUUAAGCGCAUCAACAAGGAGCUCACUGACCUCGGUCGUGACCCUCCCUCCUCCUGUAGUGCAGGCCCCAUCGGUGACGACCUGUUUCACUGGCAAGCAACGAUCAUGGGUCCUAGCGAUUCCCCAUACUCCGGUGGUGUAUUCUUCCUCGCAAUCCACUUCCCUACCGACUACCCGUUCAAGCCCCCGAAGGUGAACUUCACCACCCGCAUCUACCACCCCAACAUCAACUCGAACGGAAGCAUCUGCUUGGACAUUCUGCGAGACCAGUGGAGCCCAGCACUCACCAUUAGCAAGGUGCUCCUGAGCAUCUGCUCGAUGUUGACAGACCCCAACCCUGACGACCCGCUCGUCCCGGAAAUUGCACACGUCUACAAGACCGACCGAUCCAGGUACGAAUCGACAGCCCGAGAGUGGACUCGCAAGUACGCCAUCUAGAGGUCAGACUCGGAUGUGCGUGGGUGGUUUUUUUACGGUUCAUGAUGGCAUUUGACGGACAUGCGGUGGAGGAUAUUAAGAUCAGACUUCUCACGGCAUGGCGGACCGAUGGAGUUAACCUUUGCGACUCGGCUUGCACGCUGAGCAGGAUUCAUAGUGCUUGCUAUCAUCACUUCUGGCUGAACAAGCUUCUUCUUCUCCUCCAAC